GAUAAACAGUUGCAUGUGGUUGCUGCGAUGGGAAGAAAGCGUGAUCCUGCUGCCUCCAGAAAGGGUCCUGGUAGGAAAACUAGGAAGCAAAGCGCUCCACAGAUGCCAAGAAACUUGCUGACACAAGACGAGGUUGAGAGAAAGUUGAACUAUAGAAGGAGAAGAGAACUGAUAAAGCAGACUAAACAGUCUAAACGAAAGAGAGAACCGGGUGUAUCUAAUAAAUUAUCUGCAAAGAAAAAGAAAUUUGAAGCAGAAGCAUUGGCCAAGAAGUUAGAUGACUUGGAGUCGGCAGAAGAAGAUGACCUUGAUCAAGACAUUGAGGAGAGUGGAUCUGAUAUACCGCCUGACGAGUUUGAAGGUCAAGACAGCAAAGAAUCUUCUGGGAGUGAAUCUGAAGAAGAUGGAUUGUUGCUAAACAUUGAAACUAAGUCAGAGAAAUUGGACAAAAAGAAAGAGAAGGAGCUAGAAAUGGAAGACCUAGAGGCUAAGUCAAGAGCUAGAGAUUAUGAAAACUUUAUUUUACCAACAGCAACAGAGUUGGAAGCAGAAGAUGAAGCAACUGAUUUAAGUGCAAUUUACGAACGGAUCAAAAGCAAUGUGCAUGUACUGAACAAUUUCAAAGAGCUACGAAUGGAGGGCAGAUUCAGAAAGGAAUACAUGAGUUUGCUUAUGAGGGACCUGUCCAUGUACUACAGUUACAACGAUUUCCUUAUGGAACAAUUUGUCAACUUAUUUCCACUUUCAGAAUUGUUAGAGUUCCUUGAAGCUAAUGAAGUCCAGAGACCUGUCACUAUCCGAACGAACACUCUGAAGACAAGACGGAGAGACCUUGCACAGGCAUUGAUCAACCGUGGAGUGAAUUUAGAUCCAGUUGGAAAGUGGUCAAAAGUUGGCCUGGUAGUGUAUGACUCAUCAGUGCCAAUUGGAGCAACACCUGAGUAUAUGGCUGGGCAUUAUAUUCUACAAGGAGCUUCAUCUCUUCUUCCUGUGAUGGCAUUAGCUCCGCAGGAGAAUGAACGUGUACUGGACAUGUGUGCUGCACCCGGUGGAAAGACAACAUACAUUGCAAGUCUGAUGAAAAAUACUGGAAUAUUGGUUGCCAAUGAUAUAAACAAAGAACGAACAAAAUCUCUUGUGGCAAAUGUUCACAGAUUAGGUGUGCUAAAUACAAUUAUAUGCUACUAUGAUGGACGAAAGUUUUCAACAGUAAUGUCUGGUUUUGAUCGAGUCUUAUUAGAUGCACCAUGUAGUGGAACGGGUGUUAUAGCAAAGGACAGUUCAGUGAAAACGGGCAAGGAUGAUAAGGACAUCAAGAGGUGUGCUCACUUACAAAAACAGCUUAUACUCUCAGCUAUAGAUUGUAUUGAUGCACGGUCAUCUACUGGUGGCUACAUUGUGUAUUCCACGUGUUCUAUAAUGGUAGAUGAAAAUGAAGGAGUAAUAGAAUAUGCCUUGUCUAAGCGAAAUGUCAAAGUUGUAGCAACAGGUUUGGAUUUUGGAGCUGAAGGAUUUUGCAGAUUUCGAGGAAAGUCUUUCCAUCCUUCACUCAGACUGACAAGGCGAUUUUAUCCGCAUACGCAUAACAUGGACGGAUUUUUUGUAGCCAAGCUGAAGAAGUUCUCAGACAAGAUUCCUGUCGUUACAGAAGACCAGACUUUGGAGGAAACUGCAACUAGCAAAACUUUGUAGAAUCAUCAGGUACAGUAUUGAGACUGUAAAGAAUACCGUAGACGUCAUAUACCAGGUCAUUCCGGUGUGAGAAUGUUGAAGUACUCGUAUUACGGUCAUAUCAAACAGUGUUAGUCGAAUUUAUUUUGCAACCUUUCAGUUCACGCAUGCAUCCACAUGCUUGGAAGAGUAUGUGUUGCCUCUUCCAUUGCCAGAAAUGUUGCAAUGCGAGUACGCGUGCUCUCUCGUAGAUAUAGCGCAUGUUCUGACUGGAAGUCUAUAGCUAGUAAUAUGCAUGCUAUAGAACUUGGUGUGCCGGGCAGCAUUUUAGUACGGUUUCGCAUGUAAAAUUCUAGAAGUAUAGCAAUAAUUGUUUCCAGGCUUAG